CAAGGGGUGGGCCCGGGGUGGGCCUCGGAGGAGCCUCCGCCCCUUCGGCCUCUUCUCCGCCCUGGGACCCCAGGCGCAGUGGAAGAAGGGCGGCGCAGCUGGACUAGAAGGGCACCCUGGGGAAGUGCUGGAAGCUGGUGACUGAGGCAGAGGAAGGUUACGAACUGCCCUUGGUUGGUUAGGGGAGCUCAAGCACCGCGUUUCGGCUCCAAGAAUGGCCGCACACGGAGUCCGCAGCCUACGGGCCACCUACCACCGCUUUCUCGACAAGGUGGAGCUAAUGCUGCCGGAAAAACUAAGGCCCCUCUACAAUCACCCGGCAGGUCCUAAAACUGUGUUUUUCUGGGCACCAAUUAUGAAAUGGGGCUUGGUAUGUGCUGGAUUGGCUGACAUGGCUAGGCCUGCAGAAAAACUCAGCACAGCACAGUCUGCUGUAUUGAUGGCUACAGGGUUGAUUUGGUCAAGAUACUCUCUUGUUAUUAUUCCUAAAAACUGGAGUCUAUUUGCUGUUAAUUUUUUUGUUGGUGCUGCAGGAGGCUCUCAGCUCUUCCGUAUAUGGAGGUAUCAACGAGAACUAAAAAGUAAAGGACUUCAAAAGGACUCUUGAUCUGUUGAACAAAACCAGAAGCAAUUACCACCACCAAAGGGACCUAGUUUGAUUAAUUUUAUUUGGUUUUCAAAGAGAUAAUGCUAACAAUGUUAAUGUUCUGCAAGAUGAGUCUGAAACAGUAGCCAUAUAAUGAGCACCUUGACAACUGAAAAUAAAAUACACUUUUAGUAA